AUGGCGAAACCACGACUUACCAUUGAGAAUGGCCUCUUCCGCGACGACCACGGAAGGCAGGUUACGCUGCGGGGAAUCAACAUGGCUGGAGAUGCAAAGUACCCCAGCAACCCACAUCAACCCUCCCACGUCCCUCAGGACUUCUUCGACGGUGACACUGUAAACUUCCAUUCUCGGCCAUUCCCGCUCGAGGAUGCCCAUCUUCACUACUCUCGAUUAAAGCGCUGGGGUUACAACACCAUCCGAUAUGUUUUUACCUGGGAGGCUAUCGAGGCUGCUGGCCCAGGAAUAUAUGACGAAGAGUGGAUUCAGCAUACAAUCGAGAUUCUGCGACUGGGAAGAAGCUAUGGAUUCUACAUCUUUAUGGAUCCACAUCAGGACGUAUGGUCGAGAUUCUCGGGUGGAUCUGGAGCUCCCAUGUGGACGCUAUAUGCUUGCGGAUUGAACCCCCAAAGCUUCGCUGCGACUGAAUCCGCUCUGGUACACAACACUUACCCCGAACCCCAGAACUUCCCGAAAAUGAUAUGGUCUACGAAUUACCAUCGAUUGGCCUGUCAAACCAUGUUCACACUCUUCUUUGCUGGGAGGGAUUUCGCGCCCAAGUGUAUUAUCGACGACAAGAAUAUUCAAGACUAUUUACAAGACCAUUUUAUUAAUGCGCUUGCCCACCUAGCCAAACGUAUCCAUGAAGCUGGCGACUUGGAAGACGAGAUUGUUAUUGGCUGGGAGAGCCUGAACGAGCCGAACCGUGGCUUCGUGGGCUGGCCCGAUCUCUCUUCAAUCCCGAGUGAGCAAAAGCUUCAGAAGGGGACAUCGCCGACUGCUUGGCAAGCUAUAUUGACAGGAUCUGGGAGGGCAUGCGAGAUAGACACGUGGGACUUUGGUGGUAUGGGACCAUACAAGUCUGGACGAGUGCUUGUGGAUCCGCAAGGAGAGAGCACAUGGCUCCCCGCAAACUAUGACGAGUCGAGGUACGGCUACAAAAGAGAUCCUGGAUGGAAACUUGGAGAGUGCAUUUGGGCACAGCACGGGGUUUGGGAUCCAGCAACCGAUACCCUCCUGAAGAGGGGUUAUUUCAAAAAGAACCCCUGGACAGGUGAGGUUAUCGACUAUGAGCACUUCACAAAUACCUAUUUCAUGGACUACUAUCGAAAACACAGGGAUGCCAUCCGAAACCAUCACAAAGACUGUAUCCUGUUCUGCCAGCCACCAGUUUUGGAGGUUCCUCCAUCGAUCAAAGGAACAGAAGACGAUGACCCAAAGAUGGUCUAUGCACCCCAUUACUAUGAUGGUGUUACUCUUAUGACCAAGAAAUGGAAUCGCUACUGGAACGUUGAUGUCUUGGGCGUUUUACGAGGGCGUUACCUGGCACCUGCUUUUGCGGUCAAGAUUGGCGAGACUGCGAUUCGCAACUGCUUCAGAGAUCAAUUAUCUGCAAUCCGGAAGGAAGGCCUCGAUUACAUGGGCAACCAUCCGUGUGUGUUAACUGAAUUCGGUAUACCUUAUGAUAUGGACGACAAACACGCCUACAAGACUGGGGACUAUUCAAGCCAGUCUGGAGCUAUGGAUGCCAACCACUUUGCUCUGGAAGUGAACCCCGGUAACAUAAAAGCCAAACUGAGCACUCCAUCCAUCUCCCCAAACCCCACCGACAUGCCCGCUGAACUAACCAACGCCCCAGGGUACCGCGCAGCCGAAGCCUACGUGCGACCCUCGCCCAUCCACACUGUUGGCAAAAUCCUGGAAUACGGCUUUGAUCUCCGGAACUGUAUCUUCAGUCUUUCCUUCGAUGCGCAUCGACCUUCCACCGAAGAAAAGCCGACGGAGAUCUUCUUGCCCGAAUUCCACUUUCCCAAAGAUAUGUGCGAGGUUGUGGUUAGUGCAGGGAAGUGGGAGAUUAGUGUUGACGAUGAGGACGGAGGCAUGAUUCAGCGACUAAGGUGGUGGCAUGUGGAGGGUGUGCACAAGAUCAAGGUUAUUGGUGUGAUGAGGCGGCAGAAUGUGGCGUUGGGGAAGGAGGAGGAGGGUUAUUUGGAUCAGUGCCAGCAGAGCAAGUGUGCUGUUAUGUAG